AUGCCAACAGCUAAGAGGACGUCAUCCAGGGCUUCGUUGGCACUGCCCUUCCAGUUACGGUUGGUGCACAAGAAAUCAUGGGGCCAUCGGCUAAGAGACUUCAUUUCCGGGUUCUUAAAAUCAUGCAGACCCAUUGCUAAAUACGUUUUCCCCAACUUCAUCGUGGUGCACUAUAUCUACCUGAUCACGCUGUCGAUUAUCGGGUCCAUUCUGUUAUAUCCGUGCAAGAACACGGCGUUCAUCGAUGUGCUAUUUCUGGCUGCUGGAGCGUCUACACAGGGCGGGCUGGCCACCAAGAGCACUAACGAUUUCAACCUGUACCAGCAGAUAGUGGUGUACGUCAUUACAUUGCUGUCCACGCCUAUACUUAUUCAUGGGUUUUUGGCCUUUGUCAGGCUGUAUUGGUUUGAAAGGUACUUCGACAACAUUAGGGAUAUCUCCAAACAGAAUUUUAAACUAAGAAGGACCAUGACGUUGCAACAAAGGGAACUAUCGGGCAGCAGUGGCAAUGCCGCUCGAAGUAGGAGUUUCAAGGACAACCUGUUCCGUGGGAAGUUUGUUUCCAGAGAAGACCCACGACAAUCCGCUUCAGAUGUGCCGAUGGACUCUCCUGACACGUCCGCAUUGUCCUCAAUCUCACCGUUGAAUGUUUCCUCCUCUAAGGAGGAAUCCAGUGACACGCAAAGCUCGCCUCCAAACUUCUCAAGUAAGCGCCAACCCUCAGACGUUGACCCAAGAGACAUUUACAAAUCGAUAAUGAUGCUACAAAAACAACAAGAGAAGAGCAACGCAAACUCCACGGAUUCUUUUUCGAGCGAGACCAAUGGACCCGCUUUCAUUGUGCAGGAACGUCAUGAGAGAAGAGCCCCCCACUGCUCACUGAAACGCCAUUCUGUCCUGCCAUCUUCUCAGGAAUUGAACAAGCUAGCCCAGACGAAAAGUUUCCAGAAAUUGCUUGGCUUGCGGAGAGAUGAAGGUGACCAUGACUACUUUGACGGUGCUCCUCACAAAUAUAUGGUCACCAAGAAGAAAAAAAUAUCUAGAACGCAAUCAUGUAACAUCCCAACGUAUACUGCUUCACCGAGUCCUAAAACCUCAGGCCAAGUAGUUGAAAAUCAUAGAAACUUGGCCAAGUCGGCGCCUUCAUCUUUUGUUGAUGAGGAGAUGAGCUUUUCACCGCAAGAGUCUUUGAAUUUACAGUUCCAAGCGCACCCGCCCAAACCAAAACGACGUGAAGGUGAUAUAGGCCACCCCUUCACCAGAACAAUGAGCACCAACUAUCUAUCGUGGCAGCCAACCUUUGGCAGAAACUCCGUCUUCAUUGGACUCACAAAGCAACAAAAGGAGGAACUCGGCGGUGUCGAAUAUCGUGCUUUGAGAUUGCUGUGCUGCAUUCUCAUGGUAUACUACAUCGGAUUCAACAUUUUGGCGUUUGUGACCAUCGUUCCAUGGGCCUGUACGAGGCACCACUACUCAGAGAUUAUUAGACGAAAUGGAGUUUCUCCAACCUGGUGGGGGUUUUUCACUGCAAUGAGUGCAUUCAGCAACUUGGGUCUGUCUUUGACCGCUGAUUCAAUGGUUUCCUUUGAUACUGCGCCGUAUCCGCUGAUUUUCAUGAUGUUCUUCAUCAUCAUAGGCAAUACAGGCUUCCCAAUUAUGUUACGAUUUAUCAUUUGGAUCAUGUUCAAGACCUCGAGAGACCUAUCUCAGUUUAAGGAAAGUCUUGGGUUUCUCUUGGAUCAUCCGCGCAGGUGUUUUACGUUGCUGUUCCCCAGCGGCCCCACAUGGUGGCUGUUUACAACUUUAGUCGUCUUAAACGCUACGGAUUGGAUUCUUUUCAUAAUUCUGGAUUUCAACUCCGCUGUAGUAAGGCAGGUUGCUAAAGGUUAUCGAGCUCUCAUGGGCCUCUUCCAGUCUGUAUGCACAAGAACUGCUGGAUUCAACGUUGUUGACUUAAGUAAAUUACACCCGUCCAUUCAGGUGUCUUAUAUGCUAAUGAUGUACGUUUCGGUCCUGCCGCUGGCGAUUUCCAUUAGAAGAACGAAUGUUUAUGAGGAGCAAUCGUUGGGACUAUACGAUAGUGGACAAGAUGACGAAAAUAUCACCCACGAAGACGAUAUAAAGGAAACAGACCAUGAUGGCGAAUCCGAAGAGCGAGACACUGUAUCUACAAAGUCCAAGCCGAAGAAACAGUCCCCAAAAUCGUUUGUUGGUGCUCAUUUGAGGAGGCAACUCUCUUUUGAUUUAUGGUACCUAUUCCUUGGAUUAUUUAUAAUAUGCAUAUGCGAGGGCAGAAAAAUCGAAGACGUUAAUAAACCUGAUUUCAAUGUCUUUGCUAUAUUGUUUGAAGUUGUUAGCGCUUAUGGUACAGUGGGUUUGUCAUUGGGUUACCCAAACACCAACACAUCACUAUCUGCCCAGUUCACCGUAUUAUCGAAGCUAGUCAUAAUUGCCAUGCUAAUAAGAGGAAGAAAUAGAGGUUUACCAUACACUUUGGAUCGUGCCAUCAUGCUGCCAAGUGACAAACUGGAACAAAUUGAUCGUUUACAAGAUAUGAAAGCUAAGGGUAAGUUGUUAGCCAAAGUUGGUGAGGAUCCAAUGACUACUUACGUCAAAAAGAGAUCCCACAAACUGAAAAAAAUAGCAACAAAGUUUUGGGGGAAGCAUUAA